GAGCGUGGCAAACUUUUCUCAAAAUGAAAAUAAGUCACGGAGACGGCAUGAGCAGAUGGUGGUUUUGCAACUGAAAUUUCCCGCCAGCGGCAUCGAGAAACGUGAAUAUAAGACAAGUGAGAGUAAGUGAUUUGAGUUUCACACAAGAAAAUUGAAAUGAAGAAUGCUAAUGGUGUUGCUGCCUUGGAGCCAAAACGAAACCCUCUUUCAGAUCUCACCAAUACUAAUUCUAACCCUUCCAAACCCCAAUCCCUUCUAUCGUCUUCUUCUUCCUCCGCUACUAACACAACACGCGGGACAGUUGGCCUUAAUGUUUCUGAGCCAAUUUCAUCAUUCUGCAGCAGAAUACACGCUUUGAAUGAAAAGAAAAGGAAUGCUAAAAAAGCAAUAGCAAAUCCCAAGACCUCUACUGUUCGGGAUAAAAACGAUGGAGUUGAACUUGGAAGUUUGGAUCUAACUAACGCUAGGCCUAGGGUGUUAACAGUUCGCUGCAGGAAGAAGCGGCGUGAACAAGACGUGUCCAAUGAUCCACAGAUGCAAGAUUAUAUUGUAAAACAGAAGGCAUACUUCAAAGAGAUUGAUGAAUUUGAACUAGCGGAGGAGGAGGUUGAAUAUGUUCAUGAGCUGGAUUAAGAGGAACACAUGUAAUAGGACUAGUAGCUUGAGACUCCUUCUCAUCCUUGUUUUGGUUGGUCGUGAUAUCAUAGUGAAAGUAAUGACGUAACUAGGCUAAUAUAUAAAUACGAGAGUGGAAAUUAGUGAUAAUCCUCCCAAUUGUCUAAUAGGGUGGAAUUGUAGAAAGCAAAUGAAAAGUUGUUUGACACAGACCAAUUACUGUUACACGUUAAUUGACCUUAGUUGGAAAAUCUAUCUUACUUCACUUGUGAUAAAUUUCUACAAUUCAAGAAAUUGUGAUUGGAUAUGC